AUGCCUUGUAAUUUCGUUUCACCCUCUACGCCUCUCAGACGCCACCUUGAUCUGUUCCUGCGAUUUUCUCCACCCCGAGGCUGUCCUCACUUGAGGAACCUUAACAAUACUUUCGUUCCCAUGAUCUUCACUAUAUUUGAUAAUUACGCAGAUAAACUUGGAGUCAAAACUGUGCUCGCAGGCACCCUCGCCUUGCUACUCGGUCUCCUUGGAUUUGUUACGAGUAUAUUUGCUCUCGGAGUAGUUUGGAUUGUCCCUGCGAUGAGGACGCAGACACCUCCAUACCGAGAGCCGAUUCAUCGCCAACUCCAUCGUAGUCCACAGACGCUCCCUGGUCUUACUCCUUCCCUUCGGCGAGCAGCGUCGUUUCCUGACCUGCAUAAAACGCCUUCUUCCGAGGGACAACUUCCCGUGACCUCGAGGCAUGUUUCUUUCAAUAUCGGAGCUACAGAAUCCUACAAUUCAAGUUUGGCGAGGUCCGUCAGCAUGAACCCAUCCCCGAUGCCACCGACAAUUCAGCGUCGCUGGCCACCUGCAAUGUCUCCAUUCUCCAGGCGUCGACCAACGCAAGGGGAAUCUACUCCAUCCUCACCCACCGUACAAGACGAAAGUAAUACCACCGCGUGCAAUUACAGGUUGUCGCCCACGUCAAAGAGUACCCGUGUACAUGACCUUCCACUCAAGUGUUUCGAUAAGCGUUGUGAAUUGCCGUCGCGGUCGUCGAAAUGGCUUGGGCUGUGA